AUGGCUCAGCACACGCCCGACGAAUCUCUUUCACUGCUCACUCGCCUGAGUCAAAAGCCCGGCGUUCAGAGCACGCUCAUCUUGUCGCGCGACACCGGAGCCAUAGUGCGCACUUCUGGCCUUAUAUCAAACACCUCUUUAGCGAAUCCAAACAGUACACUGCCUGCGUCAAGUGAGACGACAGCGGACAACUACACGAACGGACGCCAAGAGAGUGGGAUACACAGUGCCGAAGAUGUAGCGAGUGCUGUGUGGAAGUUCUUGGAGGCUGCAGGAAGCCUCGUGGACGAAUUGGACAAGGAGGACGACGUUCGGUUACUGCGGCUGCGCACUAAGAAGAACGAGCUGGUGAUUGUGCCAGAUCCCAAGUUCAUUCUAGUCGUCAUACACGAUACACCGCCCGCAUAA